AUGUCUGUUUCACAUGAAGUGAGCAAGAACGUGAUAUUACUACCACAAACAAACCAGAUCAUAGGAUUGUAUUCUAUAAUUCGAGAUAAGAAUACUAAAAGAGGAGAUUUUGUCUUUUAUGCUGAUAGAAUUAUUAGGCUUCUCGUUGAAGAGGGACUCAACCAAUUGCCAGUCGAGGAAGCUGUGAUAGAGUGCCAUGGAGGGAAUAAAUACAAUGGUGUCAAAUUUCUUGGAAAGAUUUGCGGAGUUUCUAUCGUAAGGGCUGGAGAAUCAAUGGAGAUGGGUCUCAGAGAUUGUUGUAGAUCUGUAAGAAUUGGAAAAAUUCUUAUUCAGAGAGAUGAAGAAACUGCAAUGCCUAAGUUAUUCUACGAGAAGUUGCCCGAAGACAUUAGUGACCGUUAUGUGUUCUUAUUGGACCCAAUGUUAGCAACUGGAGGUAGUGCCAUGAUGGCCGUGGAGGUGUUAUUAUCAAGAGGCGUAAAAAUGGAAAGAAUCUUAUUUUUAAAUUUGUUGGCAGCUCCUGAAGGCAUCAAGGCAUUUCAAGAUAAAUAUCCGGAUGUAAAAGUCAUUACAGGGGGAAUUGAUGAAAAAUUGGAUGAAAAUAAAUAUAUUGUUCCGGGGUUGGGUGAUUUUGGCGAUAGAUAUUAUUGCAUUUAA